AAACGAGAUAAGUUCGUUUUGACGCAUAUUAAACACGAAUGAUCUUUUGAAGUAGAAAGUUUUGUAAUAAAUUUAUGUCGAAGGAUGGAAGAAGAAAUGGCGAAUCGCCCAAAGUGGUUGUCGGAAUUAGAAAAUCGUAAACGAAAGCCGCGUUUAGCACAUGAAGCUGGUGCUGGUGCAUCAUGUAUGAAUUGUAAUUCUGCAUGUCCUGGUCUUGAUUUGCAUUUUUGGCGAAAAAUUUGCAAAAAUUGCAAAUGUGGCCGGGAUGAUCAUGAUGUUGAUGACGACGAAUUUCCACAAUUUGAUCUGCUGUUUGGACCAAGUGGAAAAUUUAAAAAGAAGAUCUUGCGUUUGCAAGUAAAUAAUAAGAAACAAAAUGAAGGUGAAACUACAUUUGAGUGGAUACCGCCAGAUACAACUGAAGAACUCGCUGUGGAUUAUAUGAAAGCUUUGCCUGUAGAGAAAUUGCCAAUUAAAGGAUCUGCUGGUGCUGCUUUGCGAAGGCAAUUAUUACAGAAACAAUUACCACUUCAUGAUAUUGAUCACAAAGUUUGUGAUGAACUUAGUGAACAAGAACAGAAACAAUUUGAAAAAUAUUUAGAGAAUAUAAAAAAGUAUGUAGGGCAAGGCAAAGUAAUGAAGAUGAUAGGUGCCCGCCCGUUUGAUCGUUCUCUCAUGACUCCUAUCAAUGCAACUGAUAUGCAACAUUUUAGUCCGCAGCAUAAUUCUUAUAUACCUUCCACUAGUAUUCAAUUACGUACACCGAGUAGUUUUACCGUGAAAAGUUCAUAUGCAAAACAUCCACAUGAAGUUCAAAAUAAGCAGGAUGCUAUGGCCACAAAUGACAAUAAGAUAUCCAACGCAGGACAUAAUUGUUCACUAACUAAUGUAGCUGCCAAUAACAACAUCGCGAAAUCGCAACUAAUCGGAGGGAAAUUAAUUAAUGAGCAUUCUCAACAUGCGGGUGAUAGUGUAUCCAUAAAGGAAAGAGCAAUAGACAGUAAAGUAAUCAAUUCCUCGAUUCCCGCGCAUCUUGCCGAGCAAGAAAUCGUAUCUGCUCGCGAGAUGCAUACUUCUGAAAAUUACAUACCUUACGGAAACACAUUGAAAGGAGUUGUAGAAAAACAUAGGGAAACGUUGGAUAAUAUCACACCGUGCAUUGCGCAUUUAGAAGCUGUUAAUAACGAAGCAGCCUCUAUAGCGGAAUCCAUGUUGGCAGACGCUCUUCUUCCACCUAGUGCAAUACAUGCCAAUGAUAUUAUCGGAAGCACAUUGGACGAAAAAAGCUUGAUGUUUAUAAGAGAAAAGCUUGCCGAUAAGUACAAUACCAUGGAGAAUUCGGCGAUGCAUGCUGUUCCUAAAUCAUCUCGACUGUUAGACGCGAAUGAUAUAUUACGUAGCGGCGGAUCUAGGGAGAAUAAUAAUAAUCCCGCAAAUAGUAAUAAAGAUACAGAGAGAACAGCUAUUAUAACCGCUAUGAAAAAUCCUGUAGGAACUCUAUUGGAAAAGACAGAAGUUAAUAAUUUUGUAAACACUCCUUUAGAAGCAGAGAAGAAAAUGUAUAAAUCUCCAUCUCAAAUAAUUGAAUCGAUUGCUUUACCUGUUAAGGUAAAUCACAAACCGGCUGCGAAUAAUUCGUCAGUGAUAGAGAAGUCUAAAUCUAUGCAAGAAAGUGCUACGGAUCCCUUAUUGAAUAAAUAUGUUUCUGUGGAUUCUACUCUUCCCAUAUUAAAUUCAUCAUUGCAAACGGGUUCACAAUGUCCUGUUAAUGCCAGUCUAUUGCCAGCCGAGUUGAGUAGCUUGGUUCUGCAGCCAACUGUCAUACAUUCCGAACAGUUGCAAAAGCAAGUAUUCCCUCAUAUUGUCAGAGACUUCACUGGACAAUCGAAUGUACAACACAUAGAUCAUCUAAAAGAUAGUAUAAAAAAUUUAAAGAUUGAUUCAAAAGUGCACAAAUGCGAGAAAUGCCAUGAAGAUAUACGCAUCGGCGAUGUGAUUGUAACCGCAGAGAAGGCUAACAAUGCGUCCUGGCAUCCUGGUUGUUUCGUUUGCUCCGUGUGCAACGAAUUAUUGGUAGAUCUGGUGUAUUUUUAUUAUAAAAAUAAGUUAUAUUGUGGAAGAGAUUUGGCUGCAUUCUUGGGAAUUGUUCGAUGUUUUGCAUGCGAUGAGUUAAUUUUUGUACGAGAAUAUACAGUUGCAGAAGGACACAAUUAUCAUGUGAAACAUUUCUGUUGUUGGGAUUGUGAUAUGCCUUUAGCUGGACAACAAUACAUUACUGAAAACGAUCGUCCAUUAUGUCUUCCUUGUUAUCAAAAAUCAUAUGCAAAGACAUGUGCCGCCUGCAAUAUUGUGAUUGCCGCUGAUCAACAGGGUGUAACUAUAAAAAAUUUAAACUUUCAUGCAACUGAAGUUUGUUUUUGCUGCUACGGUUGUAAAAAGAACUUACUAAAUGGUAGAAUGGCGAUAAAAGAAGAUAAAUUAUUUUGCAGUAAAGACUGUAUUGCAAAGUUUUUUAAUCGAUAAAAUAGAUGUAUAUAUAAAUAAAAGUCUAUUUACUAUUUUCAAUAUGUGUUAUUUUUGCAUUAUAAGAACAAAACAUACUCAUAUAUAAAAUUAUUUUAAGAAUCUAAGAAAUGUAUAAUGUUAUAAACAUGAAAUUUGCAAUUAAUUCUUAAAAGUUAUUGCCUUAGUAGUUAUAUGCCAACCAAAAAUGCAAACAGAAAAAAGACUAUUUAAGGUGAAUAUAUUCUGCCUCAACUAUGGGAUCUUCCACAUUAUCCUUUUGAGGAAAUAUACAGUAUAAGAGAAUAACAAAAUACGAUUCCUUAAGCUAUUUCAACAGAAUAGACCUGUCAUAUGUGUUCUGCCAGCCAUCAAUAAUAUAUUAACUAUUUCUUAUUUUCCAUUUCUACGUAUCUCAUUUUUAUUUAUUAGUUUUAUUAUUAUUAUAUAUUUUUCUUUAUUUAUACACAUAAAAAUUUAAAUAGAACAAAUUACAUCAAAAAAAUAAAAUGAAACAAGUACCAGAUUGCAUAGUUACUAUUCAACUCCUAUAAUUGAGACAGAAAAAUAUUUUUCUUUCUAUCGAUCCUUCUUCAAUACAUUAUGGCUACUUCAUUACAUAAGCUCUAUGUAAUUAGUAGACUAGGAAUUAUGAUUAAUUAAAAAACCAUAUAAGUAAUUAAAAAAUCAUAUAAGUAAUUCAAAUAUAUACAUAUUGUAAUGUAUAAACAUUUAUGUUUUGUAUACAUAUUAAUACUAUAUUCCGUCCAACGAGAGAAUAAUCACGGAUGGAAACUCGUCGCUUCGCGUAGGUCUCCGAAGGAGAGGGCUAGAAAGCGGAGACGGCUCCCAAACGUGCCGUUAUAAAUACAGUACCAAAUAGCGUGCCACGCUUUUCCCACUUUGCCCGCUUAUGCGCUGUGGCUAUUCUCUCGUUUGACGGAGUAUAUACUCCAUAAAAUAUACUCUGUACAUAUAUACCUUAUGGUAUACGAAAUGAAACAAUAAAUGCAUUGAUUUAUCUACUACUAAUUUUACAGAGGGCAAAUCAACAAAUUUGUUAGUUUUUUAUAAAUUUGCUAUAAUUUUCAAAAUAAAUAACAUUUUAAUCUUUUUAAGUAUCUUAAAAACCUCUAGUUGUUUCCAUGAUAUGUUAAUUACUCAUAUGUGAAAAUUCAUUACAGCAGCUAGUCAGAAUGUUUAUUACAAAUAAACAGUCGCUGUAAAGACUUGCCAAAAAAAAAGAUUUUCGUUGUUUAUAAUCUAAAUAUUACAAUAAUCUGUCAAGUUAUAAUAUAAAUUUUAGUAAGUCGUUA